CGUCAGUCAGCGGGCGCGGAGGACAAGGCGUCGCUUGUCGGUCCGCCUCCUUUUCCCCGCCUCAGCCAGGCCCGGCCGGCCUCGCGCUCCGGGGCUGGAGGCAGGUUUCCGCGGCUGCCCCGAGGCGGGAGGGAGGAUUUCGUUCCGUGUGGGCCAUCCAGGGAGAAGAUGACUUUUCAGUGGACAGCAGUUGCAACCUUUCUGUAUGCUGAAAUAGGAGUGAUUUUACUGCUCUGUGUACCGUUUAUUUCUCCACUAAGAUGGCAGAAGAUCUUUAGGAUUCCACUAUGGAAUAAAAUAGCAAAUUAUUGGAAUAAGGCAUUCCUAACAAUAAUCGUUCUACUGAUUGUUUUGUUUCUUGAUGCUAUUAGAGAAGUGAAGAAAUACUCAACUGCACACGGGACUGAAAAGGCUGCAAAUAUCAACCCCAAUGCCUAUGAUCAUAUCCAGAUGAAACUUUUUAGGUCACAAAGAAACCUUUACAUCUCAGGAUUCUCCCUGUUUCUCUGGCUUGUACUGAGACGUACUGUCACCCUUAUUACUCAGUUGGCAAAAGAGAUGGGAAUUCAGGUAGCUAUGGAAAUUCAAGUAGCAAAUACUAAUGAAGCUGCCAGAAAAUACAUGGAGGAGAAUGAAAAGUUGCAACAGGCGUUGAAUGAAAAAGGGAAGUGUGAAAAUGAACAGGCCCUAGAAGAAGACAAUAAAAAACUGAGGAAAGAAACUGAAAAACUGAAAGCGGAAUUAAAGAAAACUUCAAAUGCCCUUUCCAAAGCAACAAAUGAAGUGACUGCAGUUAAAAAGCAAUCUGAAGGCCUUAAAAGAGAAUAUGAUCGCCUUAUGAAAGAACAUGAACAGCUGCAGGACCUCCUAGAUGAAGAGGAGGACAAGAAAGACCAGUAGAAGCAAUUCAGGAAAGGUUACUUAGAUAUAACUGCAUCAGUGUGAAAUCUCUUGUUCUUCUCUUUAGCCUCCUGAAGUAGAUGGCACAAGGUUUGAUUUUUCUUAAGAAAAUCAAAUGAACUGCAGUUCACUACUCAGAUUCUACUUAUAGCUCUUGGUUGCCAAAUAUAUUCUGUGUUGCAAUGAGACUACUAAGUGAUAUAUGGGAUAUGCCUUGAAAUUUGUAUUUCAGUUCUUGUGAGGAAAAAUGUAAGCAUAUAAAUGGAAAUUUUCCAUCUGCACUAACAACUCAGAUGAUCUCUAUCCUUUUGCUCUCAAAAAUGGUGUAAGAUCAUGCACAAUAACACCAAUUGUUUGUAACAUUUGAGUGGUUUUGUAAAUCACACCAAACCAUGAAAACAUGGUUUAACCCCUUUUUGCCAGUGACUAUCAAGAGUCCUAUGAAAUUUGAUUACUUAUGGGUUAAAUAAGACUAAAUAUUUUUCAUUUUCCAUUCUACUUGUGUAGAAGGAUUUGAUUGACAAUCAGUAAAAAUACAAAAGGUAGAUUUCUAAAUCCACUUUACACUAGUUUGUUUUUUCUCAUUGUGCCACACAGAUGGGUGUGUUUCACAAUUAUCCAUUUUGCGUGCCUUUGGGUUAUUCUUUUGGAGUACUUCACAAAUUUUUGUCAUAAAAAAUAGUAUUGGUCGGGGUUUUAUUAUUCCCUGAUUCACUUGUACAAGGAUUUAAAUCUAUUGUUUACUUUGUGUGUGUGCCACUGAGCUUUUUUGCUUUGCAAAGUGUAAAAUUUGUUGAAUGUUCAUGUAUAAUUUACUUAUACUGAUGAAAAGCAAUUCAUGGUUUAAGGAGUAAUUAUACAAUACCUCAAAAUAAAUAUACAUUGUUUUUACAUUAUCUGUUUUUUGCAUCUGACAGCUACAUUCUGAGUAAUUUUUGCAUUAGUGAUGCAAAUUUUGUACUUAGAAGUUGGAUGUGAUGGUUAUAUUAAAGGGGUUGUUUAAGCUUA